GUGACAAUGCGGGCCAUGAUUGCGGUGCGUCGUGCAGGCCUGAUUCGGGCUUGGCCACAGGUGCGUUGCUUCUCAGCCUUCACCCAGCACAAGGUGGGAGAGCCAGGCACCCUGGAGUACCGCAUGCACUUCCAGGACAACAACGGAAACAAGAUCUCUCCUUGGCAUGACAUUCCAUUGAAGAGCGGCGAGCACUUCAAUUGCUUGAUCGAGAUCCCAAAGAACACCAAACCCAAAAUGGAGGUGGCUGUGAAGGAGGAGAUGAAUCCCAUCGCGCAGGAUGUGAAGAAAGGCAAGUUGCGAGACUAUCACGGUCCCAUCUUUUGGAACUAUGGCAUGCUGCCCCAAACCUGGGAGGAUCCCAACGUGACCCAUGCGGAGACCAAGUGCAAUGGUGACAACGAUCCCGUGGACGUUGUGGAGAUUGGCUCGGAGGCCUUGGCCCAAGGUUCCGUGGAGCCGGUCAAGGUGCUGGGUGCCUUGGCGAUGAUCGAUGAUGGAGAGCUGGACUGGAAGAUCAUUGGAAUCCGCGCAGGCGACAAGUUGGCAGCGGAACUGAACGACAUUCAGGACGUGGAGGCCAAGUGCCCCGGUGUCAUUAGCGGCAUCAGGGAGUGGUUCCGAUGGUACAAGACGCCCGAUGGCAAGCCACUCAACGCCUUCGGCUAUGAGGAGAAGGCUCUGGACAAGAAAUUUGCCCUGGAGGUCAUUGAGGAAACGCAUGGAGCCUGGAAAAAGCUGCGUGAUGGCAGCACUGACAAGGGCAAGCUUUGGAUUGGCAAGUAAACAAGGUUUGCCUUGCCAUCUCACAAGAUGCUGUAGGAUCAGUGUGCCAUAAGCAUUGCAGUUGUGUCACGAAAGUGAUCACUCUGCUUCCCUUGGAUGCUUCCGGUUCUGAAGAGAAA